AUGCACCGGCCGUACGAGGCGUUCCUCGAAGGGAGCGGCGUCGCCGCGGAAACGCUGCGUGGGACUCUGUACCAACGCGACGCGGCGUACUGCCCGAUGCCCUUCGCGAAGCGUUGCCGCAUCGAGUGGAUCGGCGACCAGAAGCAGCUGCAUUUUUACUAUGUGCAGGUUCGCAAGUAUGAGGGCAAGGACGUUGAGGUAAAGACCUUUCGCGCCGACGAUCUGAAGACCCAUGCGGAUGUCGUCAAAGAUGUCAGCCUCAUCCUCGCCCACCCGGAUGGCAUUGGGCUGUCGACUGAAAGCAAGUCGCACGACUUCGACCUGAAGCUCGCGCCGGGCGAACAGAGCGAACCUCUGCGGGUCGAAGGCCCCGGCGCUCUGGAACGGCUGCGGCUGUUGGUCGAGGGCGCCGACGAGCGGGCGGCGUUGCGGCAGACGGUGAUGAACGUCACUUGCGACGGUUGGUCGAAGGCCCAUGUGCAGUCGCCGGUGGGAGAUUUCUUCGCCGCGGCGCCGGACGUGAAUCCUUACGUUUCGCUGCCGUUCACGGUGCAGGACGAUGGCUGGAUGACGAGUCGGUACCUCAUGCCCUACAAAGAAUCGCUGGUCGUCGCGUUUCACAACCUCGGCGAGCAAGAGGUCCGCAUCCGCGGUGAGGCGAACACCAAAGCGCGCGAUUGGAACGACGAUCGCACGAUGCACUUCUACGCCCGCUGGCGGGUGACGCACGGCAUCGCGACGCCGCCGGCGCUCGACAUCCCAUUCCUCGUCGCGGGCGGGACGGGGCGCUAUGUCGGGACGGCGUCGCUGAUGAUGAACACGGCCCUAGGAACCCAUCAGGGCGGCACGUGGUGGGGCGAAGGGGAUGAGAAAGUCUUCGUCGAUGACGACAAGACGCCCUCCUGGUUCGGCACCGGCUCGGAGGACUACUACAACUACGCCUGGAGCGCGGAAGACAUCUUCGCAUACCCCUACUGCGGCCAACCCCGCAACGAUGGCCCCGGCAACCGCGGCUUUGUCGCGAACUACCGGCAUCAUUUCCUCGACGACCAGCCCUUCGAAGACCGCAUCGCGUUCUACCUGGAGCUGUUGUCGUACCACCCCGUCGAGGAUUUCAGCUACGCCCGUCAGGCGUAUCACUACGGGCGGCCCGGCAUCAUCGAUGAUCAUGUGACGAUCACCGCCGAAGACGUCCGCAUCCCACGGCUACCGGCGCCAUGGGUCCCGAACCCUCAGAACGCCUCGGCCGGCGCGACUUACUUCGAGCCCGAGUUGCUCACAACGCAACCACACCAACUGGAAGAGGGCGAGGUCUGGUCCCACGGCAAGUUGAUGGCGUGGCGACCGCAGGCCGAUGGCGAGACGCUGCGGCUCAAGCUCCCCGUCAAGAAGGCGGGCAAGUACGAGGUCGAUCUCUACGAAGGCCGCCGGACGAUGCUACGGGCGUCGGAGUCCCAGCAACUCGAGCUGAGCGAGGGCGAGCACGUCAUCGAACUGAUGUUCGACGACAAGGGCCGCGAAGACGCGCGGCUGGGC